CGAGGCCUUCCCUCCGCCCCUGAGUCCAGCGACCACAACCCGCGGGAGCUCGGCACAGGCGCCCGCGCCUCCUCUGAGUUCCCCGCCGCGCCCGUGAAGCCCCGAUCCGGGGCGCCCCGCGCUCGCCAUGUCUGUCGCGCUCGGCAACAGGUUCCAAGGAGGAAAGGCGUUUGGUUUGCUCAAAGCCCGGCAGGAGCGGAGACUGGAGGAGAUCAACCGGGAGUUCCUCUGUGAUCAGAAAUACAGUGAUGAGGAGAACCUGCCAGAAAAACUCGCAGCCUUCAAAGAGAAGUACAUGGAGUUUGACCUGAACAAUGAAGGCGAAAUUGACCUGAUGUCUUUAAAGAGAAUGAUGGAGAAGCUUGGGGUCCCCAAGACCCACCUGGAGAUGAAGAAGAUGAUCUCAGAAGUGACGGGUGGGGCCAGUGACACCAUCUCCUACCGAGACUUUGUGAACAUGAUGCUGGGGAAACGUUCAGCUGUGCUCAAGCUAGUCAUGAUGUUUGAAGGAAAAGCCAACGAGAGCAGCCCAAAGCCACUUGGGCCUCCUCCAGAAAGAGACAUUGCCAGCCUGCCCUGAGGACCCUGGCCCGGACCCAUUCCCGCUCUCCCUGCCCACUCCUCCCUCCUGAACUCGCUGCCCAGCUCCACUCAUUGUGAUUUGUUUUGUUUGUUGUGUGUGGUCGUUGUGACUUUGUGUUUUCAUCAGCAGAAUCAGUGAUCUCUUUGUGAAGCACAAAUUAUCUGCCUUAAAGAGCCUCUGGGUAGGGGAUCUGAGUCUUGGGUUCCCUCCCUCUUGUCUUUCUUCCCUUCCUCUCUGUAUAGAAGGACUGACAUCAAACCAAAAACAAGCCCAAAGGACAUGGGGCUGUGCCAGGGCAGCUGGAGGUCUGUGUUUUACACGCUUGGAGUUGGCACUGCACAUCCCUCCAGAAGGACUCUGAGCUAAGUUUACUAGCAUGACCCUGGUAUGACCUCGGCCUCCUUUCAGAGGACCCUGGAGAAGGGACUUUAGGGUCUCAUUUGACAGCUUUGUGGCUCCAGUGCUCUGGGAUUAUUAACUGGGGUAUGGUCACAGACAAUCCCCCUUAUAUCACAUUGCUUCUCAUCCCCAUGAAGUGACAAAGGAGGAAAAGUUGAACCCUUAAAGAAGGUUCCAGAAGGAAUUCUCUCUGGCUUUCUUCUCACCUGACCAAACCUUUACAGGUAGCUCAGAGGGAGGGCACAGCCCCUGUUCCUUGCUGGGACAGCAAAGGACUUUGGAGGUAGAGAGGAAGCGAGGGGUGUUUGGGGAGGAAGGGAGUCAGUGUAGCCUAGUUCUGCCUUUGAGAGGGGAUGCUCAAUACAACAGGAUAGGAAGUUGAAGAAUAAGAUGCUCAUAGCAAAAAAAAGUGUUGGUACCACUGUUAAAUGAGGAGGUGAGAAACAGAAAGCAGCCUUUCCAAUCCCAACCUGCUCAAAUCCUGUUUCCCACUUUGCCUUCCCACCUUAUCAAAUCAGUAAUAAUCUAUUCACUUACUUAUUCAACAGAUACUUAUCAGCCACCUACUAUAAGCUUUAAGCACCCCAGCAUACCUCCAAGCCCCAGCACACACACUUAUUCUGAUAUAAGCCAAAUUUAACUCAUCUCUGUUUCCAAAUCCCACAAACCCUUAAAUUUGGGGAUUGGAUAUCAUCUUUGUCCUUUAUUAUGGACUCACAGGAUGAUAGAGCCCUAACCAAUAUGUAUUUGAGCUGGGCCAGUCCUCUCUUAUCACAGGUGAGAAGCUGGGUGACCCAUAGGGAUUAAGUGCCUUUGCCCAAAGUCAGGGUUAAUUUGGAGAUGGCAAUCUUUGGACAGGAGCCCAGGCAUCAGAUGCUCUGCCUGCUGUUCUGUUCAGGAGAUGCCUCCAUCAGCAAAAACAAGAGAAGGGUUGUGAGGGGCAGCCUGCUAGGUCAACACUUGGCACUUGGGGAAAGGCCCAGAGCCAGGCCUCAGCCUUCCUAACACCUCCAAGUCAGCAACAAGGUUUGGGUAAAGGCCAGACCAGCCUCUGCAGUCCUGCCUUUCCUAUAGCUUCUUGACCAGGCCACAUGUCAGAAUUCAUACAGGAAGGCGAUGCACUCAGUCCCAUCUAGGCGGAAUAGGGAGCCCACCAGGACCCCAGCUGUGUUCUGAAGUCCUUUCUCCUGCCAGUUCAGGGCUUAGAAUCACUCAUCCACUGAAACUGUCAUGAGCCAAGAGCCACCAGUGGAGAAACACAGAGAUCCAAGGAAUUUAGAGUCUAGUAGGGGUGGGCUGGGGGGGGGGGCGGGGAGAGGUAGGACCAGACAAUAAGUGAAAUGACUGUUAGGAAAGAGGGUGAUACAGAGUGAUGAACUGCAGUCUUGGGCACCUGGCUGAACCUAAGAUGGUAGGAGUCACAAAACCUUAGUAGAAGGUUGUGGGGUCUGUUGGAGGUUGGAUCCAGUGUGGGCUCUUUUUUGGUUCCUUAGUGGCCUGCAAACUAGGGCCCCGAGAGAUGCCCUUGCAGCAGCUUGAGAGAGUGAAGCAAGUAGGGAGCAGAAAUGACCAGACUGGAUUAAUCUGAUGGUCUCAACCAGUUCAGGAGCAAGAUUAUUUGGCCAUGACUGACUGAUUUUUUUCAGUGUUAAGGAGCUGCUUCAAAUGCAGAUUUUGUUAAAGUUUAAACUCCAGCAAGACAUUCCUUUCUGUAAAUGUAAAAUCUCACCCUGGCUGCUCAUCCCAGCCUCCCAACCGCAUAUCAUUAGAUGAGUAAAUGCCUUUCCUCAGCUGCCUCUCAGAGAGACUGAGCUCUUUGUCUGCCAGGGCUGACAGUUGCUGAAUUUCACUGUUCUUGGUGUCCUCCUCUCCCCUAACCUCCCCUGCACAAUUAGUUUCAGACAGAGAGGGAGAGAGAGGAGAGACACCACAGUCCACUCCACCAUCCGUGGAGCUUCCUAGGUGCCAUGCACAGUGCUCCCAUGUGGUGCUGGGAGCUCAUGCUUUGUGCAGUAAAGUGUGUGCUGCCCUGGUGAUUAUGUCUUGCUCCUUCAAGGCUGAGAUCUUUGAGCAAGGCAGCCUUCACAAACUAUCCACCACAGUCAGUGUCACUCAGGAGAUCAGAACCAGCACAGCUUAUUCCAGUGGAUUCCAUAGUUUACAGGACUACAGGAAGCCAUCUCAAGGGAGGACAGCAAACUUCUAGAAAGGCAAAGGAGAGUUUUCUCCUUGAAGAGAUGUCAGUUUCUCCACCAUUUCUUGGAACUCUACCUUUGGAGAAGAGUCUGCAUGGAUUUCAGGUCAUGGCUGCUCACAUUCUCUUCUCUGGCUAAGGGCUCAUCUUUUAAGAACUUUCAGCUGUCUUCUUUCUGAAAGACCGAAUCAAAUUAAUGUAACCAGCAACCUGGGGGCUACCAAAUAUGGUGUUGUCCCUGUAACUCAAAAGAUGUUCCUUGGGCAAGAUUAGGUGGAUGAACUGAGUUUGUAUGUGUGUAUGGUGUGAUGUGGGAUAUCUCUACCGACAAAAUAAAGACAAACUUAUCAAUA